AGAGCUGGCCCGUUUUCAGCUUUGAAAUGGAGGCCCCACCGACAGCUAUACUGGAGCUGACAUUGAUACGAGGGAGGUAGAGCCACUAAUGAAUAACAAUUACUCUCAUACCCGCAGAAGUGGACGUGUGUGGAAAUUCUAAUCCCUGCAAGAGUUCAGAGCAGUGCGUUAACAUAGCAACUGGACCGGAGUUCUACAGUUGCAGUCCAGGCCCCUCUCCCACCAACACACCAACAACCAAGGCCCCCUCUAAACCAACAAGUUCCACAGGUGUAACAGCUGGAGUUGUGGCCGGCUGUGCUGUUUUGCUCCUUACUCUCUGCAUCCUAGUCAUCGUCUUCAUCCUGGCCCUCAGGAGAAGAUUAAACACACAGACUGUUGCCUUUAAAGGGAGCAGAGAUGAUAAGAACGGGGACUCGUACAGUCGCGAGUCAGGUCUCGGCGGCCUCAUGGACAACCCCAUGUAUGAGGUCAGCAUGAAGGGAACACACCUCCCCCUCGGCAAGAGCUCCUCCCUCGAAAUGGGGGUGGAGUAUGACGUCGAUAACCCUCUCUACAUGUUGGGGAUUCCAGGAGACCCAUCGGGCAACGGGUCAAUCCGUGGACACGACUAUGACUAUGCGACACCAGACGAGGUCCAGCCUACUUCCUUUGUCCCCCUCCUCGGGAAGGAGUUUGAGAUGUAUGCCGAGCCCGACAUUGGCCAGCCACUCUCCCCCGUCCUCUCCUCCCCUUACUCUCACCCUCGCUCCCAGCACCAGUACCAGGAGCCGCCGCCCACUCCACCUCACAAGCCAGGGCCCAUCUACGACGAUCCACUGUCGUUACCAGAGAUCAAAGAGGCCAGCCCCGCUAAUUUAGAGAAUCACUACGAGACAGCAGAGGAUGUGUUGGAAGCAGCAAAUGAUCCCCAGUACACUAUAUAUGACAGCGAAAAAGAAGAGAACUAGAGUUCUCCCAGGCAGCUCUUUCGUCCUCAAGAAUGUCAUUUGAACACACAGCCACUAUUCAUAGAUUGCAUCAUCAUUCAUAACAUAAACGUGCUAAGCACAUUGAUUCUCUUAUGUAAACACAAAGAAUUUUCAUUACUGUCUGACGGUGUAAGAGGAAUGCUCAUGUUUCUUGUCAAACAUUGUAGGAGGGUAACUUAUGAAUAUCGGAGUCCAAACGUUCACUAUCUACAGCUAGUCAAAGCAAUCCCUGCACACCACAUGCUCCCAUGUGUCCUUACCACAACUGGUGGA